AUGUCAAAAACGGUUGAGAUCACGUCGCCGGAACAGUUUCUAGCACUGCUAUCAACGACUCCCAUCUUGAUUGCCGACUGCCCAAAUGUGAAGUUUGCGAAAGUCAAUGUCGAUAACCAACAGGACAUCGCAGGUCUCUUCAAUAUCACAGCCAUGCCAACCUUUGUGAUUUACAAAAACGGCGAGGUUCUGCGAGAGGUGAAAGGAGCGGAGAAAGAAGCUCUCACCAAUGCUGUUAUGGUUGGCGUGCGGGCUGCUAGCGGUGAAGCCGGUGAAUCCUCGGACGCAGCAGGUGAUGAUAGCCAGACGUGGCUAGGUGCUCCCGCUCCAAGAUUAUACCAGGACAUUACGGAUGAGAUCGAUGUUAAGGGCAUAGAUAUGCUUAACCGCGACGAUGAAGCCGGACCUGGGAAAUGCUUAUUUGACAACCACAUCCCGAGAACGAUUACAGCGGCCAAAGGGAAAGAAAAGGAGGCGAUACUACCAGACUGGGUUCAAAGUGACACGGACGAGCAGUUGAUUGUGUUCAUCCCGUUCCAGUCCUCCACCAAAGUACACUCUCUACACAUCACCUCGCUUCCCCCUUAUAGCGAUGAUGAUGAGGCACCCAUGCGGCCAAAGACAAUAAAGCUCUUCACGAACCACACCCACAUCAUCGGUUUCGAGGACGCGGACGAGACCGAACCGGUCCAAACGUGCGAGAUAUCACCGAAGGACUGGGACCCAAAGACGGGCACUGCCACAGUUGAGCUUCGUUACGUUUUGUUCCAGCGAGUAUCUUCUCUGGUUGUAUAUUUCGUUGAUGGGGAUGGGGACGGUGAGAAGAUAAGAGUUGACAGACUACGGCUAUUUGGCGAGAAGGGGGACAAGAGGGAAGGCGUCAUACAAAAGGUUGGUGGUCCAGGGAUGUGA